AUGGAAAAGCCUAUGAUGAAACACACCCAAGAGCUCCUAGACUCUGGUGCCACAGGAGUUUUAAUUGCUGAUCCUCAUGGUCUGUGCAUACUUGCUAAGGGCUGUGCUAAAAGUAAUUCAGCUGGCGUCAUAACUUCUCUGUUUCAGGAAAGCAAUUCCACAACUAUGUCUUCUCAUAAGACUCCAGUAGUAGUAUUCGAAACAGAUGCCACCAAAAUUCUAAUACAAACAGUAGAAAACAGUGAUAAAGUGCCCAUCACAACAGCCAUUUACCGAAACAACUCAUAG